CUAGACCAAGGCAGAGAAGCUACCAUUAUCUUCUCUGUGUAAUCCUGGAGCUGAAGCAGAAAAAGUGAUAUCUGGCUGAUGCUCUAAGUGGACAAGAGCAGGCAAUUGCACAACAGGAAAUGCCAGAAACUGAAGAUUUUGUGGGUCAGGAGUCAAAUCCAGUUGAUGAUGACUUAUUUAAAGAACCAAUGAAAAAAAGAAGGCGAUCAGAUCGAGACCAGCGGUUCCGAGCAUUUCCCUCUGUGGAACAAAGUGCCCUUAAGGAAUAUGAAAAAUUGGAGUCGAGGACCAGAAGGGUUUUGAGCAACACGUACCAGAAACUUAUUCAGUCUGUGUUUCUGGAUGACAGCAUCCCUGGUGGUGUCAAGUACCUCACAAACAGACUUCUUGCUUUGAUUGAAAAACCAUCAUUGGACCCAAUCUACAUUGGGUUAUUUGGAAGCACUGGGGCUGGGAAGAGCUCCCUGAUCAAUGCCAUCAUCCAGCAAGCCAUGUUUCUGCCAGUGUCUGGAGAAAGUAUAUGUACGUCAUGUAUCGUUCAAGUGCGCUCGGGCUGCUGUGAGCAGUAUGAGGCCAAAAUCCACCUUCUCUCUGACCAGGAGUGGAAGGAGGAGCUGAAGAACUUGGCAAAACUCCUGCAGAGGCCGGAGGAGCUGGGCAGAGAAGAGGAGGAUGCCUGGGACAGGGAUGAUGCCGUGGAAGAGGCCAUUUGGAAGCUACAAAUGUUUUAUGGAAAUGGGGCGGAAAGGAAGAACUAUGAGGAGUUACUAAGGGCAAAGCCCAAAGGAAAGAUUCCCACCUCCAGAGUCAUCACCCUCAAGGCGGAAGAGGCAGGAGAGCUGUCUCUCAAGCUGGACCCCUACAUCCGAACUCAGAGGAGAGGCUGGGAUGAAGGAUCAGCUGAGACACAUAUCUGGCCCUUGAUCAAACUGGUGGAAGUGACCCUUCCCAAAUCAGAGCUGAUUCCAGAAGGGGUUGUGCUGGUGGACAUUCCAGGCACAGGUGACUUCAACAGCAAGAGGGAUGAGAUGUGGAGAAAGACCAUCGAUAAAUGCUCAGUGAUCUGGGUGAUCAGUGACAUUGAAAGAGUUUCUGGAGGUAGAGCCCACGAAGACCUUCUGAACGAGAGCAUCAAAGCCUGCCAGCGGGGGUUCUGCAGGGACGUGGCCCUGGUGGUCACCAAGACCGACAAGCUCCACUUGCCGGAAUAUCUAAGGGAAAGAAAAGUGGGAAAUCAAGCUAUUCAAAAUCAGCGAGAGGCUGUUUUAGACAGAAAUGAAAUGAUAAAGCUACAAAGGAAUAAAAUUCUCAAGGAAAAGCUAAAGAGAAAACUGCCAGCUGACUCCAGGGUUCUGGAAGCCUCAGAGCUGGUGUACACGGUCAGCGCCCAGGAGUACUGGCUGCAGGCUCUCCUCACCGAGGAGGAAACUGAAAUCCCCAAGUUGAGAGAAUAUAUCAGGAGAAGUCUCUUGGAUAAGAAGAGGAGGAUGGUGACCAAGUAUGUCACUGAAGCUUUCGGCCUGUUGCUCCUCACAGACAGUGUCAACUGCACAGAAAACCUGCCGAAUGAAUACUUGCAUAUGAGUGGCCUGCGGAGGUUUGUGGAAGAGAAGAUACAGCUGCUGGAGAAGGGCAUUGACCAGUGCUUUGCUCACAUAUCGCGGCCUCUACAAGAAGGCGUCCGAAAUGCCAGAAGUUCCUACCGACGGAUCCUUGGGGCGUGCCUGGUGAGGAGUAAAGGAAACCAGGGUUUUCACCAGACUCUGAAGGCGGUUUGCCUGAAAAACGGCAUUUAUGCCUCCAGGACUCUCGCGAGAAUAGAUCUGAACGAAGCCAUCACGCAGCCCAUCUAUGAACAGAUUGAUCCCGUUUUUGGAGGCCUUUUUAGGUCUGGGAAGCCCACUGAUGGUUCAGCUCUGAUGCCUCACAUAGAUGCUUUUAAGCAGUCUCUGCAGGAGAAGAUGACAGAAAUUGGGAUAAGAAAUGGCUGGAAAUAUGAUAGCUAUAAAAAGAGUUUCCUGAUCCAGGAGAUAAGUGCCAUCCUGGGAGGCCUGGAGGGACACAUCCUCAGAAAGAAGAGGAGAAUUUAUGAGUCUCUUACCACCUCUGUUCAGAACGACCUGAAGCCCUGUUACGAAGAGGCAGCUCAGAUCAUGGGCAAAAAGGCAUGUGAAAGAAUGAAAGAUGUCCUCAGAAGAGGGGUGGACCAGCAGGUGGCUGAGGGCAUGUUCGAACGGGCACAAGAAAGGAUGCAACACCAAUUUCAGCAGCUGAAGAAUGGAAUUACGGAGAAGGUGAAGGGUAGCAUCACCACCAUGCUGACCCUUGCUUCGUCCCAGGGGGAUGGGCUCUACAAGGAGCUUGCAGAUGUCAAAAGUGAAUACAAGGAGAUGGAGAAGCUGCACAGGAGCCUGAGGGAGGUUGCUGAGAAUGCAGUGCUGCGGAGGGGCAUGCAAGAUUUCCUUCUGAGAAUGUCCCCCAGCAAAGCUGGCCCCACCAAAACAUAGAUUUCUUUGGGCUUAGAACCAAGGGGAUGGAAAUCAAGCCUGGAGAUGAAUAAUCAGAUUUACUUCUGUUUGUUAAAACCUAAUAAAGAACAUCUCCCAACUUUGGGGGCUUUACAGACAAUAGAAACUCAAUAUAUUAUUACU